GUGAACCCCGCAAAGCGUUGUUGUGAUCCAAUAUGGCGAUUAUUAGUGUUGUUUUACUUGGUGAAAACGCGUCGAUACGUAGCCUUUAUUAGAAGAUAUCAAUUAUAAUGGUGUUGUACAUCGUGCGAUCCGUCUAAACAUCGAAAAGGUUAAAUAAACGCGACCAAAGUCGAAAUAUUUAAUAAAGGGGAAUAUACACAGCGUGUUUGUGUGUGGUUGUCGUGUAGAGAGUAAAUUAGACCCCCACGAAAAAAAAUCUCGUAGCUUUUAAAACGGUUGUGAUCGCCCAAAAAUAAUAAUCGGAUCUUGUGAAAAUACAGACGGAAUGUGGGAAAUUAUUCUGUGCAUAUAAUAAAAUAAGUGAUCAUGACAGAUACAAAGAGAAGGGUAAAGUUGUAUGCGUUGAACGCUGAUAGACAAUGGGACGAUAGGGGGACGGGGCACGUGUCUUCGACGUAUGUGGAUCGUGUUAAGGGUAUAUCGCUGUUGGUCCGCGCGGAAAGUGACGGUUCUUUGCUAUUGGAAUCGAAAAUCCAACCUGACACGGCGUACCAAAAGCAACAGGAUACGUUGAUUGUAUGGUCGGAAGGUGAUAAUUUUGAUUUAGCGUUAAGUUUUCAAGAAAAGGCCGGUUGCGAUGAGAUUUGGGAAAAAAUCUGUCAAGUCCAAGGGAAAGAUCCGUCGGUCGAAAUCACCCAAGAUAUCGUCGAAGAGUCCGAAGAUGAACGUUUCGACGAUAUGUCGGAGUCCGCGCCCCCCAUCGAAUUACCCAACUGCGAACUUAGUCGACUCGAAGAUAUCAGCGAACUUAUAACUAAUUGUUUAACGUCCCCAAUGCGCAAAGAAAAGUUAGCGGCUGUCAUUGAAAGCGAAGGUUACAUUAGGAAAUUGUUGGAUUUGUUUCGAUUGUGUGAAGAUUUGGAGAAUAACGAAGGUUUACAUCAUCUAUAUGAUAUCUUCAAAAACAUCUUCUUACUGAACAAAAACGCACUUUUCGACGUAAUGUUUAGUGAAGACGUUAUUUUCGACGUUGUCGGUUGUUUAGAGUACGAUCCGUCUUCGCUCAGUCGGAAAAAACACCGAGAAUAUCUGAAACAACAAGCGAAAUUCCGCGAGGCAAUUCCAAUUAAAAAUCCAGAUUUAUUAUCGAAAAUACACCAAACGUUCCGGGUGCAAUACAUCCAAGACGUCGUCUUGCCCACUCCAUCCGUUUUUGAAGAUAACAUGCUGUCAACAUUGAGCAGCUUCAUAUACUUUAAUAAAGUUGAAAUUGUGUCGUUAGUACAAGAAGACGAAAGGUUCCUUACAGACUUAUUCACAAUGUUAACCGACGUCAGUACUUCGGAUGCUAAACGUCGUGACUUGGUACUGUUUCUAAAAGAAUUUUGUAAUUACUCGCAAAAUUUACAACCGCAAGCCAAGGAAACGUUUUACAAGACGCUGACCAAUUUGGGUAUAUUACCCGCGUUAGAAAUCACGCUGUGUAUGGAAGACCAAAAGACCAAAACUGCCUCCAUUGAUAUACUCACAUAUAUCGUUGAGUUUUCACCAUCAUUUGUUAGGGAGUAUACAUUACAACAGGCCAAUAAUACGGAUGAGGACCAGGUUCUACUAAAUAUAGUAAUAGAACAAAUGAUCUGCGAUUCGGAUCCAGAAUUAGGCGGAGCAGUUCAAUUAAUGGGCGUCUUAAAAAUGCUCUUAGAUCCAGAGAAUAUGUUGGGCCAAGUAAACAAAUCGGAAAAAACUGAUUUUCUUAAUUAUUUCUAUAAACACAGCGUCCAAAUACUAAUAGAUUUUUUAUUUUCAGCGCCACUAUUAGAAAACACCGUUCACGGAGAACCACAAAAAGAAGAUUACCAAACCGUGCAACUGUUGGGUUUAAUAUUAGAGUUAUUAUCGUUUUGCGUUGAACAUCAUACGUAUCAUAUAAAAAAUUGCAUUUUGAAUAAGGACCUGCUGCGCAGGAUCUUAGUCCUCAUGAAAUCGACACACAAAUUCUUAGUGUUGUGCGCCUUACGAUUCAUGCGCAAAUUAAUCGCGUUAAAAGACGAAUUUUACAAUCGCUAUAUUAUAAAGGGAAAUUUAUUCGCGCCUGUUGUGGAUGCUUUCGUUAGGAACAAAGGUCGGUAUAAUUUACUCGACUCGGCGAUCAUCGAAAUGUUCGAAUUUAUCAAAUUGGAGGAUAUUAAAACGUUGUGUUCGCACGUUGUUGAAAAUUAUGGAAAAUGUUUAGACGACAUCGGCUAUGUACAAACUUUUAAAUCUUUAAAAUCAAGGUAUGAUCAACAUCAAGAUAAAUUAAAAGAUCGCGAUAGAACCGCAUUAGAGAGUGUGCCAUCGAUAUUGAGAAAUAGUCGAUAUAGAAGGGAUCAAAGACAGAUGGAAGAAGAGGAAGAGAUGUGGUUUAACGAAGAGGACGAUUUUGAUGAUAACGAGGCUAUUAUACCAGCGACGAAUACUGAUAUUCUAAGUAAGAAAAUUGAAACGGAUUUGGACAAUCUUGGUAAAAUCAUGGACAAAAAGGUAGAGGCCAAUGGACCGAAAAUAAACAACAAUUCUGCGCAGAAAACGACCGUUUUUAAUAAUAAUGCGAAUGCCGCCCAACCCACAAGUCCUACAGCUGCGGAUAAUAAAUCUGCACUGUUUAAAAGGGGUUUAGUAGACUACGAAGGAGAUUCCGAUGAGGAGGAAGAGGACGCGACAGGGGAGAUGUCAAAGCGGCCCCGUUUGUCAUAGUAUGCGAUUCGGCCAGCAACGGCACAGGUAAGUUCGCCAAAGACUGAAGUGCCGUCGCCGGAUGCCGCGGAGUGAUCUCAUAGUGCAGUGCGGUUCAAAUCGUCGUAAAAUGUUCUGUAUGGUCAAUUAAGGAACGAACAACACAAGCGUUUUAAAAAGUUACAAUAUAAAAGAAAAAAAUGAAAAAAAUUACAAGAAAGUGGAUUUGAAAACGAGUAAAUGUAGAGAGAAAAGUAGUAAAAAAAGUACUUGUGAACACUUAUUGGUGAAACACAGUGAGUCUUUACAAAAAAAAUUACAAGAGGUACAUAAAUAUAAAUAAAUAAAUAUAUUUAAUCGUGAAAAAGAUGCAAAGAAAAGCGACUUGAAGACAAUUAUUUUUUUGAGCCGCACCAAAUACGAUUAUAGUAUAUUUUUUCAUUUAAUUGGAAGAUUACCGAUAAGUAAUUGUUGUUUUUACUCGAAGGAUAAAGUUUUACGGGAAUCGCUUGGAACUUGAGGAGAUUAAAAAUUCGAAAAUAAUCGAUGAAAAACGAUGAGAUGAAAUGAUACAUUUUGAGUGGUAUGUUACUAAAUGUUUUUAUCCGAGGUUUAUUUAUGUCGUGAUAAUAAUGAUGAUCAUGUGGAAUUUGUAGUUAUUUUCUUUCCUGUUUUUUGUUUUGUUUAUUUUUUAUGUAAUGGUAAAAUAACACUUAAAGUCUAUCAUAGAAGAAUUUAAAGAAUAAUCUUUGUAUUUAUUUUCUUUUUGUUUUUUUUUUUUUUUUAUUUUAAAUUAG